UCAUGUUUCUGAUUACAAUGGCAGGAUUAGCUCCCGCACAGCUGUCCUUGCACGAAGUGCUGGUUGUGCAUGGUCAGCCUGUGAGUGAGGAGCAGGCGUGGGCCCUGUGUUACCAGGGCUGUCGAGCUCUACAGCAGGAGCAGCAGAGCCUGGCCAAAAACUGGAGUAACUGGUUGAUGAACUGGAAACAGCCUCACUUUAGAAAAGUGAAUGACUUGACCCUGUGUGAAGAUGGGACUGUUGUGUGUGUCUCAACCAGUAAUGAUAAUCUGAAGAGGACAUGCACAGAAGAGCAGGUUGUCAAUUCUCUCGGAGCGCUGAUAUACAAGGCCUUGGACUGGAGUCUGAGUGAGGAUGAGGAACGUGUUCUCAGCCUGCCUUUGGAAGAAUUGAUACAGCAAAUGGUGCUGAGAACAGACAAUCAGCCUCCGGGCACUAUCAGCGAAAUACUCACGAGGUGUGAAAACCAGCUCCAGAAUCCUUCUAUGGCAGUAACUGAAUAUCAAGCUGUGUGUAAGGCCCUGUUUGCUGAGACUGUGAAGUUACGUAGCUAUUUGAACAGCAUCAAAAGUGCAAAAGUGACUCUGAACAAGCUACUGGAGGAUGAGCCAAUUGAAAAUACAAGCUCAGAGAUUGUUCACUGGAAUCGUACUUGGUUCCAGUUGAUGAAAGAAGUGCAAAGAGGUGUGAGGUUAAGGAAUAUAUGUGAGCGCCAUUACAAUCCACUUGCAAUAAAGCCCAAACUCUCUCCAUUUAAUGAAAUGCUGGAUGACAUUAAGUACAAGCGAUAUAUCCUUCGCAAGGUUAAGGUCAACAACAAUGAACCCAGAACUCCAUCUGCUGUCUCGGUGGAUUUUAGCCUCUUGAGGUCUUUGUUGAAGCCCGCGGCUGCAAGGAAACUAAGGGACUUGCCUGUUGCCCCCCCAUCUCUGCAUGAGAUGCUGAUGAAGGAGAUACAGUCAGCUGUUAAAAAGCUACAGCCAAUAUCUUCAGAACCAGCAGACCGUUUAGUGCAGACUGGGUCAUUGACACGUGAGAAACCCCAAGGCAAGCACGAAGACAAAACAGCAGAAUUCACGCAUUUGGAAUCUGAGGCAGAUCUCUUGGCCUCUGAGCAGGCAUGCGAUGCGAAUGAAGAGAGAGAGCCAUCGUCAGAGGCAGCCUACAAGAGACAAAGUAGGAGAGGAAUUUCAUUAUUCUUCUUCACUCUUCAUCAAAGAACUUGUGUGCAGUUGUCAGAUCAUAGCGAAAAGAGAAAUGGGAAAUCGCAGAACGGUGAAGGACAAGUUCUGUUUCUUUUGCCAAAGGGAGCUUUUCUUUGUUUGGGUUCUGACUUGUCACUUCUGUAAAAAGAUAAAUCUGUUCCGAGUGCUUUAUGAAGG